UAGUCCAGUGUAUCAAAAGGUUUCAACGAAUAAUGACGUGGAUCACCUUAGUUCUUUUCAUUUUUGUGCUGAUUCCUAGUCAGGCCAAGCUAAGGGAUGAAGUGCGAAUAGUUGGACCCACAACACCUCCGAACUUCAAAAGGAAAAUUGGAUCAUUGAGCUCCAUAUGCCCCGGAACGCACCCUUGGGCUUUCGAUAAGGGCAAGUUUUGUUGUGGCAAAUUUCAUCCUCCAAGUAGUUCAUUGAUCACUCUUCAAUGGACCGACCCCAUGGAGUCUUGCAUGCCCAAAGACCAGAUUGCUUGUCCGACCUUGGGCAAAGUAGGAUCCCUGUGUCUUAACAAUGAGACAAUGACGGAACCCAUAUUAUGCCCCGCCACGCAUCCUUUUCAAAUGGGCAAUGGAUGCUGUCAAAGUUACAAAAAGACCAACACGGGGACCAACGGUUGCGAUGGAAGCCUGGUCAAUGAGAAGGACGACCCGAGUUGUUGCCCCACUUUGUUCCAGCCCCUCGAUUGCAAAGAGGAUCGGCGAAAAUGUAUUUCGUCUACAUAUGCAGAGGCCGCCACCUACUGUCCAGUAGCGCCCGAUUUGAUAAAACGUUUUGGAGGAGUGGAUCAAGGUCUUUUGGUCAAUUUUGAUGACUCUACCAAGGCUGCCGACGCCGAACCCCUACAUUGUAUUUUGACCACUGGCAAAGGUUUUCAAGAGUUUGAUUCUCCAUGGGGCCCCUAA